CUGCGUAUUCAUACUUAUGCACAUUUCGUAACAUCAUACCUACUAAAUACAUAGAUGACAUGUUUUCCAACAAAAUCCGCUACUUAGCACUUGCAAUAUAACUAAGAAAUUGGUUUUUUUUCUAUUUCUUUUUGUUUUUCAUUUGCUUUUUUAUUCCAGUCCGUCGUUGUAAUGUUGAACCGGUUGAAGCGCUACUUCGUCGUACAAUUUCGCUGCUGCCAAACCAGUCCAUCAUCUCAAACGAACAAAAGUUAAGACAUAUGAGAUUGGAGGGACAGCUAGCUUUCUUUGGUUCUUUGGUUCUCUGGCUCUUUUGGCUUUCCCAGUAAAAUCCUUGUUUACUAGUGCACUUUUGACUUUGUUUCACUCCAAGACGUUAAUGUAUUUACCGCAUUUGGCCGGUGCAGAAUUCACAACUUUUUUCCAAGUAAGACUUAUUUCUUCACAAGCUCCAUUACAAACAAGUCCAAAGUUUCGUAUGGAAGACUAGAAAAUCUUUGGGCAAUAAAUUUCAGGAAAAUGAUAUCUAUUUAUGCACCAUUAGUAUAUGUCGCGGUGUUGAUUAGCGCCAUGUACGGCGUUUCUGUGUUUGUUCGAAAAUCAAGAACCAUACCAAAUGAAUUUGUUUCAGAAGAAUGGUUUGGAAAAAAUUCCGCAAGAAGCUACUUUUUUCGACUCUUGGAACAAAAUCCUCCUGUCCCAGAUACUGUCAUAAAAGCAGGAUUAGUUUUGCGUGCGACGGAAGCUCUGCGUCAGUUGAUGAGAUUAAAGUCGUCUAGAAUGGCUCUCAAUGUCUUGCUAAAUCGAGGAGGUGUUGGCGAUGAUUUGGUUCGUAAAUUUAGUCGAUUAGAGAAAGAGACUGAAUUGGAAUUGAUGGACAUUGCUAAGACUGCAAAUUCUUUACAACCUGGUUGGAACCAAUUUAUUUUUCAAACCUGCAAUGAAAUUAUUGAAAACGAAAAAAUCCUUGAACAUAUUGAUCAAAUACCUAAUGAUUUGGAACAAAUUUCUAUUCGCUGGUCCGGCGAGAAGCAACUUUAUGAAGAAGCUGAGAAUGAACGCCGUUUAGAAGCCCAAAAAGAUUUGGGCGUCUUCUAAGAGGGUUCGAUUGAUGGUCAGCAACACCAAAAGUUUAUUAUAUCUCUUGGCUUUCCCGGAUCUAAACUUAUAUCAUGCUGUUUUCUUUCCUCCUUUGUGGUUUUUGUCAACAUUCGUUUGUUUGACUCGUAUAUGUUAAAUUAAGUCCAGCGAAUGGGUUUAUCGCUUUGAACGCCUAGUGAAAUUAUGCAUAUACCAACGCUUCCAUCUACAUGUCAUGUCUCACUUUCAACCUUUCCUACCUUUCUAUCAGCCUUUCUCAUCCUUUGCAUACUACACUUUGGUCUAAUUAAAGAAAAUUGUAUAUAGACGAAUCUUUUUCUUUUAAAUUCUUAAUGAAAGCUAAUUCUUUAUUUCAGCCAAAAUUGAUAUUAUUCGCAAGAGACUAAGAUCUAUUAUUAGGUGAAGAUGAAACUAUAUAAAAAUGGUAUGCAAUGAUCAAAAUCCAU